CCCCCCUUUUCCCCCCUACAACGGUCCGGGAGCCCCUGGUAGCUCUACGUCACUGGUUGCCGUGGUAACAACUUGAACACCUGCACCAACGAGGAGAAGGCCAGCUACGUCAACUGACGCUCCGCGCAUCUUACGCGGCCCCUCCAGCGCCAAGCAUACGUUCCUCUCUAUGGUAACUUGAAGCUUAGAACAACAACAACCCUCGCCCCCUUCUUCCUCUCAGCGGAUGACGAAGACGGAUAUUAAAGGAAGAAAAUAAAGUCACCUGACCGAAAGGGAACCCGGAGGCGGAAGUGACGUGCGGUGGACUGGGAGAAAGACGGGGACAGACAAACCCUUCCUCCUGGAAGGGAUCCGAGGCCGAGAUGGUAAGUGACAGGCGCGCGGAGCCAAGCGGAGCCCCCCCCCAGCGCCCCCCAUCCACGAAGAGCCUCCCCCCCAUCCGCAGCCCCGCCUCCGCCCUCUGAGGAAGGACCGCUCGCUCCCGCGCACCCGCUUCCCAGGGAGGGGGCUGCCAGGUCCAGCCCCUGACGGGGCUCCGUGCCUUCAUUAGGCUGCGCGCCCUGGCCCGCUCGUUGGGGAGCCGGGGCCCGCCGGACUGGCCGGGGCCUGCCUCCGAGGGCGAAGUGGGCAUCGGAUCGCCCUGCAUGACUCCCCACAACCCUCGGCAGUCUUGCCAGGUUGUGCCUCUUCUCUUCGGGGAAGAGUGAAGCUGCCUCCCGCAGAGCAGCCAGCUUUGCGGGAUGCUUAAAAAGCACGAAAGAGCUCUGAGAGGUAGGAGGCUGGUCGGCUUAGAGAGGCAUGAGGAGGUGCCCCCCACCUUCCGUUCCCUAAUUCGGUGCACGUGUAUAUGGGAGGGAAAUGUGCUCUUUGCACUCAGCUCUGUGUGGCCAGCUCCGUGCCUUCGGCAAGUAGUAGCGUCCACUCUUCUUCCCGCCACCAAUCCCUUAGUUAGGGAAUGGUCCGUUAGUGGUAGAGUAGGCAGUUGUCAUUCCGAAGGUCUCCCGUCCAAUCCCCUGCACCUCUAAAGGUUCCCCAGGCUGCCAAGACUAAAAGUUCUGUCCGUCAGAGAAGUAUUUGCUGUGCUGGACUGUUUCUUUCCAUUCCUUUUCCCGAGUCCCCAUGUGACAUCCUUCUCCUGAGAAACUGCCAUUUCCAAUUCUGAGGUUAAGAGGCUCUCCACAGAGGACUUCCCUGAAGCUUGCACCCUGUUUUUCACCAGUUAGAUCAUGAUGCUAUCCUUUCUCCAUUUUCAGUGCCUUGCAUUCAUGGAAUUUCACAUUCAGAGGAAUCAGCAUAUUGGAAUAGGCAAACUGAAUAGCAUUUACCCUCAGUUUAAAUAUCAGAUGCAGCUGCAGGGAAGAGCAAUUGGAAAAAAUAACAGGUACUGGAAAUGGUACUAAAGUCACUUGAACUUUUCCAACAUGGUAAGAAGUGGAGCUUUGGAAUGGUUUCUUCCCAGUUGAGGGCUGGGAAGAUUACACUUCACUGUCCUCUGUAAGGUGGGACGUUGCUAUUUGUAGCAAAGCAAUUUGCUUCUCAGCAGGGACGGGUUUAACUUUUGAGAGUUAGUCCUGCUAUGGACAGGGCUCAACUCAUGAAAUCUUACAGUAGAUAGAUGCAGGUGUGUGACUUUGACCAUGAGCUUACUGAAACUUGCAGAUACGUGUAUGUGAUGUUAUCCUAUUGGAAUGCAGGUGAGACCUCUUGUUACACCCUUAGGUCUCUGAAAGUGCACUCUCGGGUUGAAAGCACCUUCCAUGUAGAAAGGUUGAAGGUUUUUCAUGCUGAGGUGUUUUCAAUCAAGCAGUUUCCCCCACAAGCAUUCUGUAGUAGUUCAGCAAGAGGUAUUUACCGUGUAAGCACAGCUGGUCUGAUUUUCAGUAGAAGGUAUCCUUCAGUCACUUAUUCCAGAGGUGAUCCAAUUUCAGUCUUGCAUGAUCCAUCAAUUCUUUAAAAAAAAAAAAGAAUCCCCAUGGUCCACAAAUGCAUGUAAAAUUCCAACGUUAGAGUGAAUAUUCACAAUGUUUUUGCAGUGAUCCUGAGUAGGCACUCUUGAACUUUUCAGUCAUAAGUAGUGCCCUGCUAAUUUAGACCAAGGUCCGUCCAGCAUUCUUUCUAAGGAUUCCAGUAAUCAGUAGAUGUAACUUAUCCUCCAGAAGUUUGCCAGCAGCCCGUAAGUGGGCUACAGUCUACUUUAUGCCCACCCAUGCAUUCUUCACUGUCAGAACUGAGCUGUAGCGGAAUUUGGCCAAAAUCAUGUUGUUGAUUUUUGCUAGUCAUGAGAUUCACCAAACUGUCACAACCUUAUUAUUCAUUCCUGUAUUGAAUAAUUGUUUAAUGCUACUUUAGGGAUAGAGAUCUAAUUCUGUCUAUGAAUUAGAGAUUCACCCUGAGAUCUAAUUCUGUCCCUGAAAAAAGGUGAUCUGCUCUCUGUCUUCAGAGGGGUUAGAUGCUUAAUUCAGAGCUUAACACUGAAUCUUCAGGAAAGCAUUGGUUUGUAAUUUACCUAAAGACAAGAACCAAGCACUCAGCUCCAGAUUUGGCACCUCCAAUAGUUUCCAUUGUUUUCUAAUUAUAUUUGCUGGACUGCAUCUUAGUUGCUUCUGUAAUGCCAUGAUUCUCUCUUCUUUAAUUCCAAAGCAGUCUUGUGCAUUUAGAGUUAGGGUUGCCUUCUUUGUGAGAGUCUUCUGUUAUAUGACUUGAGAUGUUACCUAUAAAGUUGCAUAUUACCGCUUGGGUAAGUUACUCAGGUCCUUAACAGUGUUAUUGAGCUCUUACUCAUUCCUGCUUGUGAGUGGCUGUAUUCUUCCCUAAAAUCCCCCUUUUUUCUUCCCUGCAUCCGGAACAACAGUAGUAACCCCGUGAGGUUGUUUGUUCCUCGUAUUUUCAUAACGGUCUCUCCGUUUCUCCUUCUGCAGGUCACAAGGCCACUAGUUCCGACAGCGGCCCAGUCCUGGCGCUGGGUUUGUUGUUACCCGGCCCCACCCGGGCAGUCAUGAACGGGAGCGCAGUGCCCCUGUCGCCAACCGGGGGAGGGAUGGUGGGGGAACCCGCCUCUCUUCCCUCUCCGGGUUGGCGGGAAUUCUGCGAGGCGCAUGCUCGCGCUGCCGCGGUGGACUUUGCCCGCCGCUUUCGGGCCUUCCUGGGUGAGAACCCCCAGUUUGCCACGCCAGGAGCUGAAGCUGCCUUCUCUCGCCGCUUUGCCGAGCACUUCCUGGAACACUUUGAGGCGGAGGUGAGCCGGGCCUAUGCCAGUGACUCGCCGCCCCGGUGCGACAUCGCCCCCUUCACCGGCUGCUCCUCCGCACGUGACCUCUCCGAGACGUGCAGCGACUCCUCCGUGGCCUCCCCUGUGGAGCCUCCCCUGGGGCCGCCCUCUGGCCUCUCCAGCAGCCAGUCUCGUAGCUCCGAAGACGUUUCCACCGCAACAGCCGUGACGGCCACCAAACCAAAGCUGAAGAAGCGCUUCUCCCUGCGUAACGUAAGCCGCAGUGUACGGGGCAGCGUCCGGGGCAUCCUGCAGUGGAAGACCUCGACCGAGUCGCCCCCUAGCAGCGCGGACGGGGCGACCACCGGCGCCAACAGCAAUUCCAACUCUUCAGGGGGUGGCGACUCCGAGCGCUGGACUCACCGCUUCGAACGCCUGCGGCUCAACAAAGCCUCCCCAGCCACCCUCCGCGUAGAACUGGCCAGCGUGCGGCGCGAGGGCCUGCUGAACUACAUUGUGGCCGACGACGGGGCAGGCGGGGGCAGCCGGACGCGCUGGCAGAAAUGCCGCCUUCUCCUGCGCAAAGCGGGGAAGGGGGAGGGGGAGGGUUACCUCUUGGAGUUCUACAUCCCACCAAAGGUGAGCCAUGGGUCGCUGCAUCAGGGCGGGGGGAAGAAAUCCCGGGCGGGGAGAGCCAAAGGAUUACCCCACGCCAAGAUUCCCAGCACUGAGGGGCAUCGGCGUAACUGUGGCUCUCCCUAACUUAACCCCUAGGCAUCCAAGCCGCGGGUCAGCAUCGCCUGCUCUUGCGUAGUGGAUGUGCGGACAACGACCCCCUUGGAAAUGCCAGACAAAGAGAACACCUUUGUGCUCAAGGUGAGGAGAAGAAAAAUAUCAAGGUUGCAUAGGGGCAGAAAGUUAGUGGCUUCGUUUUGUGAGCCUGGUUUUUUAAAAAAGUUAUUCAAGUAGGUACCAAAAAACACCAACCCUAAACCUUAAAUGUAUUCCGUGAUAAUUGGAGCCAUAAUGAGUUAAUUUGCAUAUUUGCUUAUAAUAAUAUUAACACUUCUCAGUGAGCGGAUGUGUCCCCAUUCUCUGCCUGGGCUACUUUCCCAGAGGAAGUCCCUUCCACCAGCAGCUAAGACAGCUGCAAGGGUGGGGAACCUCAGGCCCAAGGUCCAGGUGCAGCCCUCUGUCUGGUCCCUGGGACUCUCCCCUGCAGGCUGGAAGGUAGCCUCCUGCCUAAUGCCAGGAGCUGUAUCCGUUGCCCACCCGGUUUCUGUCUGUCUGAUGUCUCCAAUCACUGACAUGUGGCCCCCAGAAAGCUGCCCAUAUGGGCGUGCAGCCCCUGGGCUUGAAUAGUUCCCUCACUUCUGAAAGGCAGACUGGCUGGAGUGUGCAUUCAGCCGUUGCCUACUUUUCUCCUUGCUUCUCACUUCUGGUGGGAUCUGCUGCUGCCUGGUCCCUCUCUAGCAGGACCUCGCUAGCUUUGGCAGGAGCUGCUGUUCCUGAGCAGACUCAUGACAAUUCCCCGACCUUCUUUUUCUCUUGGUUUGAUUUCAUAUGCUUUGUCAUAUGCUUGGUUUGCUUUCAUAUGCCUGGAGGCCAACCAUGACAUCUGUGUGCUUUGAGAGUGAGAAGGGUAUGUGGGUGCUUUGUGAUUUAUUUUUUUUUGCAUGGUAAAAGCACAGCAAAUGGGAGGGGGGUUCAGUCAGCAUGGUGUAGAGGGGCAGCUAAGGUAGCUGAUAAAGAACGUGGGACAAAGGUCUCCUUAAACACCUUGCCAGCCGUUGCUGCCUGAACUGACUUGUUUCUAUUGAGGGCCAAAACAUGUAGAGGGAGGCCUCAUUCUCUUACUACUGUCCGUGUAGUCAAUGCUGAGUUACAUAUACCAAGUGUCUGAUUCAGUAUAAGAAUGCUUUCUAUCUUCUCAGCUCUUGGAGAAGGUUUUUAACUUGAGCAUCAUUUGGCUUCAGCAGCUCUUGUCAUUCUUGCACAAAAGGGUUAGGAAGCAGUUUACUGAUUUUCUCAUGGUGACAUGUUUCAUUUUUUCCCUUGGCUUUUUGGAGGCACCGGAGGGGAGUGGGGGGCAUGUUCUAGGAAUAAGGAGCCCCUCCACACCCCCCAAAACAUAAUGUGUCUAUGGCUGUUCCCUUCCCACUCUACUUCACAGCUGUCAAGCUCCUUGGAGUACAUCCUUGAGACGGUUGACUCGCUGCAGAUGCGCUCCUGGUUGGCUGACAUUCAGGAAUGCAUGGGCCUCGGGUAAGUUGCGCCAGGCCGUGGGAGAGGACCAGAGCUAGGCAGCAGAGCACUUGCUGGGCCUGUGAAAGGUAGCAUCCUUAGCAGUUAAAGGGAUCCCAGGUAGCAAGGCUAAUAAAAGCCUUGCUUGCUUCCUUUCCCUGAAAAUCUGGAAGAACUGCUGCUUCUCAAAGAAGGCAAUCCUGGGCUAUGUGGACCUGUGGUCUGAGAUAGAUUGACAGCUAGGACAGCUUCAUACUUUACAUGAGAGCCUUUAGGCAGACGAGAAUGGGAAAGGUCGGCUAGGCAUGCCUUGCAAACUUUGCCCAUGCUAAAAGCAUAAACCAGGGAUUGGGGAACUUUUGGUCCACCAGAUGUUGUUGAACUGCAACUCCCAUAUUGGCCACAGCCAGCAAGGCCCAGUGGUCAGGGCUGGUGGGAGCUGUUGGCAUCCAUCUCACUCAAGAGACAAUGGAGUGUGCCUCCGGUUUGGUGUUAGCGGCACCAAAGUGGGGGGGGGCACAAGCCUAGGCAGUGUGUAAGGCAGUCCUAGACAAGACCCCCAAUCUCAGCCUCACUGAUGUGGCCCAAAGGAAAACAGAGCAAUAUGUUUGACCCCAGCUUGGCUCCAGGAGCUGCUGGAAGGAGGCAUACAAGGCACCACCCAGCUGCCUUAGGGACUCCACUCCGUAUUUGUGUGGAGUUUAUCACUUAGCUGUAGUCUAGCAACAUCUGGAGGGCAUUGCACAGGUUUCCCCAUCCCUGAAGCAAGCAGCCAGACCAAAGCUCUAGCAUGUCCAGUGUUUCUGUUUCCAGUAGCAGCCCAGCAUGAGUGUGAUAAUCCUUCCCUGCUUGCCCCCCUGUAUCUGAUACUGGGGAGUAUAUUGGCCUCGGACACAGAUGUUUGGUUUUGGCUAAUGGCACUUGUCUCCACAGAGAGAGCACUGACAGCCUGGAACAGCCAUGUAUGAACCACUCGGAGAGCAUGCCCAGCCGCGAGCUUCCCAUGGUGCCGAGUGAGAGCAGCGAUCAGCUCAGCCAAGGUCUGUUGCAUUCUCUCCCACCCCCAGCAGAGCCCCAGCUUCACCCCUUGGAAAAACGAUGCUGCCACGUUGGGGAAGGGCUGGAGAUCAGUUAGCCGAGCACAUGCUUUGCAUGCAAAAGGUCCCUGGUUCAAUCCCUGGCAUUGCCAGGUAGGGCUGGCAAGGCCCCUCCAUCCAGCACUGCCAGGAAAAUGAAAAUGGUUCUUCCUAAACCUAAGCAGAUGUAGUAGUACAGUGGUACCUCUGGUUGCAAACGGGAUCCUUUCCGGAGGCCUGUUCACAACAUGAGCAGAACGCAACCUGCGCGGGUAGUGAUUCGCCACUUCUGCGCAUGUGCAUGACGUCAUUUUGUGUGUCUGCGCAUGCGCGAGCGGCGAAACCUGGAAGUAACCCUUUCCCGUACUUCCGGGUCGCCGUGGGACGCAACCUGAAAACGCACAACCUGAAGCAAACGUAACAUGAGGUAUCACUGUAGUCAAGCGGCAUUCUGCCUUACCCUUCUGGUAAAAUGCAAAGCCAUCUAUUGCAGCAAGAUGAUAAAAUUCUAUUUUUGCAUUAAUGUUUGAUCCAGGAAUGGGGAGUCUGUGGCCCUGUUUGUGUUCAUUUCACCACAACUCCCAUCAUCCCUGACUAUUCGCCAUAUUGGGCGUUGGAGCCUAACCAUUGAGAGGGCCGCAGGUUUUUGUUUUUUAUUAGAUUUAUUGGAUUUAUGUGCUGCCCUUCAUCACAAGGUCUCAGGGCGGUUCACAAGACAAAAUUCCCCAUGUGUGAUCUAGUCUUAGAGGAAAAAGCUGGAGUGCCAGCUUUCUACGCUUUCCAACCUGAGGUGUUUUCUUCAGAGGGGCCGAGUUCGAAACAGGAAUGCGCACUAACUCCGUAUGCUAUUGCAAGCUCCUUGAGAGAAAGGAUGGGGUGAAAAAGUAAUAAAUGAAAUAAAUAAUAAAAAAACUUUAUAGAACAAAGAUUUCUACAUACUAAUCAGAACUGGCUUUGUCUCUUAAAUAAUGACACGCUGUGUAGUAUACAAUGACAUAGCAUCACUGUUUUAUUAAUUUUUGUUAGUCUUUCGUUUUUAGUUGGUUUAGGAAAUCUUGUAUACAGUUACAUGGCAUUUUUAAAUGUAUUUCACUUUUCUGUGGAGUUUAAAUGUAUUUUAUUUUGUUCUUUUUUUAAUAUGGUCUGUGAUCUGUAACUGUUUGAUUCUAUUCCUAGAGACAGAGGUUUGGGAGAGUGUGACUUCUGAUAAUAGCUUUUUCCCUUUUGUCAAUUAUUGAUCUUAACUCUUGUUUCUGUUUGUUGAUUUGUAAUAAAUCUUGUAAAUCAGGCAGGAAAAUUCUCAAGUUCUCCCUGCCCUCUGCCCAACCAUUUCCUCUCUCAAUCUAGUCACCUAUUGGUUUCUUAAUUAUAUGUUAAAACAAUGUAUACAGCAUCAGCCACAAACCUGUUACUCUACUGUUGGAAGGAAAGGCCAGUUUUAAUACUUCAGAUUUUUAAAAAUCAAAAUUUGGAGAGGCAGGAACUAUGCUUUCUAUGCUGCAUAUAUAGUGGACAAAAUGCAGCCUUGACAAGGAAUCGCACAAUAUUUUUUUGGUGUUGAGACACAGGAAAUAAGCAGGAAGAAGAAAAUAAAGAGAGAGAAGAAAAAGAAGAGAGAGAGAAAGAUGAGAAAGAAAUAAUAAAUAAACAUAAAAAGGGCUUCCAAUUUUCCAUUUGCCGCUUACAUAAGAAAAGGCUAUUUAAGACAUUCAGUCCAUGAUAACCUCGGGAAUUGCACAAUGUUUUUUGAAGCUGCCUUGGUGUGCUGCUUGUGACCUGGCCUGUUUGUCCAUCCUCUCCCCUCCCCAGGUGCCUAUGGCGGACUGAUGGAGCGCCCCUCCGCCUCCAUGUCCCCCAGCUCCGUCUCCAUUGCUGCCUCCCACUUUGACUCAAUGGAGCUGCUGCCUCCCGAGCUGCCACCUCGAGUGCCGAUUGACGAAGGGCCGUUCCCCAUGGGGCUCCUCCACACGACCUUCCCUGAAACCCCGGACACCACAGGUAAUGCCUUGGAGUGGAGUGGCGUUCCCUCUCUCUCUCUCUCUCUCUCUCUCUCUCCCCAUUCUGAGAGAACGGGGAUGGGGUGGGUGUGUCUGACGGUCUCAAGAGUGAAAUCUGCGAGCGAGACUUCAGAAUUCUCUGAACCGGCUUUGGCAGACGGCUCUCGCCUCUCUCCCUGCUCCAGGUUCCUUCCUUUUCCAAGGGGAGCCCGACCCAGGCGGGGGAAGCCUUGGCGACACGGAGCACCCUCUGUCUGAAUACCCCUGGUUCCACGGCACCCUGUCCCGCCUCAAAGCAGCCCAGCUGGUGUUGGCAGGGGGAGCCAGCAGCCACGGCGUUUUCUUAGUGCGGCAGAGUGAGACGCGGCGCGGGGAAUACGUCCUGACCUUUAACUUUCAGGGGAAGGCAAAGGUGAGCGCACGUGCGCGGGUAUCUGGGCAAGCCAGCGUGGCGCAGUGGGUCAGUGUUUCGGACUAGGACCUUGCAGACGAGGGUACUAGCCCCCACUUAGCCGUGCAGCUCAUUGAGUGACCUUUGGCCAGACCUCCUCAGCCUUGUUUUUAGGCUGUAAUUCGGCAGAUGAGAGCCACAUACAACGCCUUGAGUUCCUUGGGAGGGAAAGGUGGAGUGUGAAUGUGAUUACCAUAGAUUCCGGCGUAUUAGGCGACUGGGUGUAUUAGAUGACCCCCCCCAAAUUGGCAGCUGCAAUUUGAGGGUUCAUCUUAUAAGCCCAGUCGCCUAAUACGCUGGGCAGCUCUGCUCCGGGAGAAAGUCGCCCGGCGCAGAGCAGAGCCUGCCGCCCGCUGCCCGCUGCUGCUGUUUCAGAGCCGCCGCAGCGUCAGCGGGGGGGGGGGGGAUCUGCUCCGUACCGCCCAUACCCAGCGUAUAAGACGACCCCCGACUUUUUAACCUCUUUUCCGGGGUUAAAAAGUUGUCUUAUAUGCCGGAAUCUACGGUAAGAAAAAGAAAGAUGGUGCCAGUUGUGAGACAGGGUGGGAGAGGAUCAGGCACUUGACGGGACCUCUCUCCAGGCCUCCUUCUCUCGCCACCAGCACCUGCGCCUCUCCCUUAACGAAGACGGGCAAUGCCGGGUUCAGCACCUCUGGUUCCAGACCAUCUUUGACAUGCUGGAGCACUUCCGGGUCCACCCCAUCCCCCUCGAGUCGGGCGGCUCCAGCGACGUGACACUCGUCAGCUACGUGGUUGCUUCGCAGAGGCUGCACGGUGAGCGAAUCAGAGCCCCAGGGAGCCCUGGGCUAGGAAGACCAUUGACACCGUUGCCAAUCCAUGCCAUGCUCCAUCUCCCCCCCAUCUCCUCCCAUUGUGGCUCCAGACACAUUUCCUCCUCCCCCAGAUUCCCCGCCCCGAGUCUUCUGCUCCACACCGCGCAGGGGCGAUGACACCCCACCCCCUUCAUGUCCACCGCUCUCCCUCUCUUACCCCACCCCCAAUCCCUAUUUCUGAUGUGGGCAUCUCUGUCACAGGCCGGGACCGGGCUGGGAGCCGAGCGCCGGUGUCUGGGUUCAGUGGGGACCCCGACUCGCCCCCCAACCUCAUCUCCAUCCUUGCUGCCGCCUCUGCGGGUGACUGCGUGUAAGUGUGCCAUAGCUACCACGGGAGGAAGGCAGAGAGUUGCGAGCGUGUGUGUGUGUCACAGCCCCCACGCCAUAGCCCAUCGCUAUCCACGGGUCAUGCAGAUGUGCGAUGCCCAUAACCAUCCACUGUGUCUGUGACACCAGGUAGGGGGGAGAUUUCAGAGGGAAGAGGCUCCUCCUGGCAUCUCCAGGUAGAGCUGGGGGUGCGGGGAGAUUUCUGCCUGAAGCCCUGUUGCCAGUUUUUGUAGCAACACUGAGGGAGAUGGACCAAUCGCUUGCCUUGUAAAAAUCAGCUUCUUACAUUCCUUCCCUGGAGAUGGACUUUAGCCGUGGUGACCAUGUGGAGCUUCAAAUGCUACAGGAUGUGCUGCCAACCUCGUCUUUCUGGCAGCUUGUCCUGUAACAUAUAGAGCUUCUCUGUGCUCCCUUACAGCCCUAGUUUGCAACUAAGCUUAUGGUAUCCUCUGUGCAAUCUUGAUUGUGUUGGAUACAAUAGUGCUUUGCCAAAUAGCCCAAUUUGUUAUUUAACAUAUCAACAGCAAACAGUUAAUAACAAGGCCCCAGUAGGACAUAGUAUUGCUUUCUGUUCUGCUGCUCAUCCCCCCAAACUUUCUCAGCAACCAGAUGUGGCUGCUAGGAUUCUGAAUUCGAUGGCCCCCAAACUCACUUUAGAGUAAAGGCAUGUGCCAUGAGGAAAAUUUAGGGCCAAGGAAAUGCAGCCUUAAUUCUGUCUGGCGCAAUUAAAAAGAGCCUACAGACUUGAGAAGGUGUCUGCCUACAUAGCAUGAGAAUUUUAUUUUAUUUUUUAAAAAAGGUCGCUAUGCUGGCAAUUAAGCCAAAUCCAUUCAGUUAGUUUUUGUGGAGGAAUAAGAGGAAGCCAUCACACACUUUUCUUUCUUUUUCUGAAAUUCCUAAUGAAGCCUAAUCAGUUUCAGCUAAGCAAUAUUAUAUAACGCCGGCAGCUCAACAAAUGCUCUAGCCAAGCCGGCUGCCAGGCCUCUAGUUCUGUGUCACGACCAGGUAAAGCCUGAAGUAGGUCUGAGGCAGGGAUGGGGAGCCUGCUUGGCUCCAAAUGUUGCGGGACUGCAGCUCUCAUCGUUCCUGAGCAAUUGGUCAAGUUGAUGGGAGUUGGAAUCCAAGUACAUCUGGGCGGCCACAGGUUCCCCAUCCCUGGUCUAAGGGAAAGAAGGAGAAAAAGGCUUAGACACAUAGGAUAUUCAGAAUUACACACACACACACACACACACAGGUCUCAUUGCAAAGAUUCUGCAAAUACUGUCUCUGAGUAAUGCCAGAAUGAAUUUCUGCUCACAAGCAGACUUUGGCAUUGGUUGCAGAAACAGGGAUCUUGGAAGGCAUGAUUCUCAAUUUUUUUUAAAAAAAGUUUUAUGGCAAUCUGGGUGUGAAGAUGAGAAUGAGUGUGUGGGCAGUGCUUGGUGAAAAUUGCACAGAGGAGCUGGUAGGAGUCAUUGGCCAGGAUGUAGAACAGUUCUUGCCAACCUUGGUAGUCUCCCAAUGUUUUGCACCACAGCCCAGGACUUGCAAGCAGGUGCUUCAGGGGCCAAAUGCAACCCCUUGGCUGAGGGGGGCAGAUAGAUGCCUAUUCUAAUCAGUUAACAUUCACAUGUAUUUCCUGAGAUUUCUUGAAUCGGUCAAAACCUUAGCUACCGUUAUUGCAAAUACAAAGGAAUAGACAUAACCACAAUAAACAUUUUGCACUGAGUAUUUUGUAGAAGCAGAAUAAGUUACAAAAAAAUAAACAAAUGAAUGCCACUGUGUAAUUUUGGACAACUUUUGGCAGCACUAUAAAUUGGCUUUCUUGGUGCAGGGCAGAGUUUGGAUAUUACUGUUUUUUAACGCAAAGAGUAUGCACAGCCAGCCCCAAGUCAUGCCAGCCUGCCUCAUCCCCACACAGCUGCCCAGCAGUUGUCCCGGUGUGAUUUCAUCAGGCCACUACUACUGUGCAUGUAACAUAUGACAGUCUUCCUAAGUCGCAGUUUCCCCGCAAUGUGGCAUCCUCCAGAUGUGGUUGGAUUCCCAGCUCCCAGGAGGCCCAGCCAGCAUGUCGAGUAGACAGGGGUAAUGAGAUCUGCACCAGGUUAGCAAGGGUUGCUCUAAGCCGCAUCGAAUGCAGCGGUGCCAUCUAAGUUCUGAUGUGUCUUGUCACCCUUUCCCAAGCAUCGCCCAGAAGAUUGUGCUCAAAGUUCUCUAGCUACUGGAUGUAGACAACACUGGAGUUGCUGCGUUUUUAGAAAAACCUCGUUGGGGUGGGAGCCCCUUGCUCUGGACUGGACAUUGGGGGGGGGGGAGGGCUCAGAUAAAUCUCUGUGUCCGCCAUCCCACAUUUGGUCUUAACCCCGGGCCCUCUUGUCUCUCUUUGUCUGUCUGUCUGUCUCUUUUCUCUUCUCUCCACAGAACCGAACACCUGUCGUAACCUGCCGCCGCCUCCGCUCCCCCCAGCUCGGCCGCCUCUCGCUCCCCCUGACCGUGGAUUGCCAGAGUGUGAGGGGCAGGCGGAGGAGGAGGGCCGGAUGGUGGAGCCAGAGGUGGACGAGGCAGCGGCCACAGGAGGAGGAGGAUCCCUUCCCCUCCCGGAGGAAUCGGAAGGACGAGCCCGGGCUGUGAACAACCAGUACUCGUUUGUCUGAGCCCCGUGAAUGUGAGCCAGAGAAAGACGCGAGCCCUUCUGGUGUCCAUCGCCAGGGGCAGACCUGGCCUUGGCCCACGGGUGCGAGAUGGGCUUGAAUACCCAAAAGACUUCUAUGCUUCCCUCCGUAACCUUUGCGGGGGUGAGGACUGGCCUUGCCCUCACAGUCCCAUUCUCCCCCACCCCGCCGUCCCAUUCCCUUGGGUAUGGAGCAAACCCCACUUCCGCUUGCCCCGAAAACAUAGGUACGAGACCCUCCUCCUGGUUUCGUGAUCCCAGCUUGCGACAGAUUGGUACGCACUACUUCUAGCCCCCCUUGGGUACUAAGGAAACGGGCCUGCUCUUCCUCCUCUUCCCUUCCUCUUCCUCCUCCUCCCGCCCCUGUGCCCAAAUAUCUGCAGUUGGGCAGGAGUAAUAGCUCACUGUAAACACUACAUGGAGUGGUGGGUGGGAGCGGGGUGGUCUGCCCUUCUGACUCCAGACACAGUCUUUUGCACCCCUGCCCUUCUUUGCUGAAUGUAUGGAGUCUCCGAAUGUAACGUCCUCCUCCUCCCCAUCUCCUCUCUUGGGGCGAUGGGGGGGGCGAGGCCAGCUCCCUCUUCCCUGGUUGGAAAUAUAUUUAUAUUCUUUCGUCUCUCUCCUUCUUCUUCCCCCUCGCCCCACCCACCCCGGCUUGGGGACUGGCCACGCAUUAUAAAGCCUACACUACCCCAGGUAAAAUUUUAAAAUGUUAUGAAUAUACACCUUUCACAGGUACUGUCCCCUCCUCUUGUUCCUGCUGCACCCCUCCCCACCCCACCUUAAGAUUUAUUUUUCUACUGUGGACUAGGUGGACUGCUCAGGCCCUCUCUGUCUCUUCAAUUCUCUCUUUUCUUAAAAUUUGCGCUGAGGUACCGUUUGUUCAUCUGUGUCUUUUUUGUCUUUUUUUUUGAUUAAUUUUUUUUUGGGGGGGAGAGUUUGUAUGAAAAUAAAGGAAAUGUCAUUUUACCUUUUAAAAGAAAAAAUGAUUUGAAACAAACACACAAUAAUCCUCCCCAUACACUACACACUGGACCUU